AAGCUCAGACUGUUGCGAAAUGCCUCUGGGAAAACUUUAUAGUUCAUUAUGGCAUCCCUGAAUGUCUACAUAGUGACCAAGGUCCAGAUUUUGAAUCACAUGUCAUUAAGGAAUUAUGUCAGAUUAUGGGAAUUCGCAAGUCACGUACUACGCCAUAUCACCCUCGCGGGAAUCCUGUGGAACGCUUCAACCGAACUCUGCUAAAUCUCCUUGGAGUUCUUAGCGAGGAAGACAAGUCAAAGUGGAAACAAUUCGUCAAGCCCUUGGUGCACGCAUACAACUGCACAAAGAAUGAUGUGACUGGGCAUACCCCAUAUGAAUUAAUGUUUGGAAGACAGCCAAAACUACCUGUAGACCUAGCAUUUGGUUUGCCCUUGAGGGAUAAGCGUUAUAAGUCACAUUCCCAGUACGUCCAAGAUCUCAAGUCACGUCUUGACGAAAGCUUCAAGUUAGCCCAGCAAAGUGCAGAGAAAAUUGCAAAAGCUAACAAGACCAGAUUUGACCGGCAUGUCACUGCCUCUAAACUAGAAGUUGGUGACCGAGUCCUUGUAAGGGCAGUCAGACUCCGUGGAAAGCACAAACUUGCUGAUAAGUGGGAGCCAGACAUCCACAUAGUGGUUAAACAGGCCGAAAACUUCCCAGUCUACACAGUCAAGCCGGAAACUACAGAUGGUCCGCUGAGAACUCUGCAUAGAGAUCUGCUUCUUCCUUGCAAUUUCUUGCCAGAUGCUGCUGCGGAGCCACCUGUUCCGAAACCCCAACAAAAACCCAGAACACGACAAUCUGUUGAACAAGAACCAGUAGACCAAGAUUUGGCCUUUGAUGAUGAAUUUCUACACUACAGAGUCACAGAUCGACCAGUAGUCAGACCCACCAGUUUCACUACUAUUUAUGAGGUACCUGUGAGAAGAGAAACACAAGAAAACUCACCUGAAAAGAACUCACCUGAAGAAAACUCACCUGAAAAGAACUCUCCUGAUGAGAACUUUUCUGUUAAUAACUUACCUGCAAAUGAUGUACCUGUAAUGUCAUUCCAAUUCCUAGACCAAGAUUCAAGUACACAAAUGGAAGCUGAAAGAGAAACUGAAGAUGUUCUGCCUGGAGCUGAGCAAAGUGAAUCGAGUGAAGACACUGACUCUGGCGAAUCAGAUUGUGUCAGACGGUCUAACCGUAAAAGAGAGCAACCUGAGCGCCUGCACUAUGCUCAGUUUGGAAACCCAGUUGUCUCCAUGGUUCAGUCUUUAUUCCAUGGCCUAAGCACAGCUUUUACCGAAGCUUUGAGAGACAUUCCAGAACCUGAUUACUUACCUUGUUCCCAUUCCAAACCUGUUACUGCACAGCCAUACAGAUGCACCGGGACGUGCAUACGUUCAAGCGGGGAGGGUGUAACCCAGGUUAUAAAAGUCUGAAUUAUUUAAAAAGUACAUUUUAUUAUUAAAAAGGGCACGUAAUUAAUAUAUAGUCUAUUACAAUUAAGAAUAGCUAAUUCUUAAUAAAAACACAAUAAAUAAAAUAAGUCAAUUAAAUAAGGAGCUGGGAAAAUAAUGUAAAUAAAUACAGACACAAAUAUUAGAGUAAAAUAAACUUUAUUUAAUCCAUAAAUAAUUAUUUUUCAUAUUUUUGGGAAUACUUUGUUGUUUUAGUAGCACGUCACCUAUUGCAGCCAAUAGGGUGAUCGUAUUACGCUGACAUGAGUGGGAAAUACUGUUGACCCUGACCCAGCACUUCCUUUUGGGUCAAGCAGCCGUCAGGAGCAGGUGAAUGCUGGAAGAAAGUUGACAGAAAGCUAGAUACAAGCCAAACUUAGGUGAUAGAAACCUUAUUAUUAUCAGUAAUAACUCUCAUCUACUCUAAAACGCUGAGCUGGUGGAGCCAAGACGCAGUUUGUGGUGAAUGAGGAGCUUAUUAGCCUGAUACACAGAGGUUUUUCUGCAUCGGUCAGGUUUUUUGACUAGAGUUCGAAUUGGAUUCCCUCGUUCCUACGUUUGAUGGCGAGCCUCCCUGGACUUCGACCCUGAAAGCUGUUUGCAAGUACUGUGGACAACUCUGAUCUGUGAAACCCCUUUUUUCCUUUAUUGCUGAACCUUUAUUCAUCUUCAGAGCGGUAGGAGAAAUACUCACCAUGCCAUAGACUGGACUCUUUGCACAUACCCACACUUCAACUCCAACUCCCACCUGUGAAACAAAAGAAAAAAAAGAACUUUAUAUUGUUGUGGUUUUGAUAUAUGUAUAUUGUGUUAUUAUUUUAAUUGAACUUAAUUCUUGAAUUUACACAAUCUAACUAAUAUUCUUGUUAUUUUAUUUUGGUAUUCUGGUGAAAAAGGGAUAUUCUGAUAUUGAUACUGAGGUUGAUAUUGAUAUUUUGCAUAUAUAAAUAUAUUAUUAUUAUAGAUUUUCCUACCCGGGUAGUAGUAAUAUAAAUAGUAUCACAUACAACAACAUCAGGGAAAGUUAAUAUUGGUAUUAUUCAUAUUGAAUUCUAUAUCUUUUGUUUAUUAUUUUCUUUUAUUAUAAUAGUAUUAUAAUAGUAUUCGUACUUACCUUUUCAAUAAAUGGAGGCUUCCAUUAAGCUCCAAAUUCCA